GUGGGGGGCUGAUGUGAACUCGAUGUUCCGAAUGUGCGAAGAGAUACUGUGAGGUUGGUGUAGGAGCAAAUCCGGAUUACUGUCGAAUCUGCUCCGUACAUUACGCUCCUGACACUUUCCUCACAUAGUGCACAUCUCAGCGUGUAUUGUGAAUUCGUUUUGGACUUAUUUCGUUUACUCUUUACCCCAUCACGGAAAAAAAAUGACCCAGUAAUGCGAGUUCGUUGGUGAGGGGUCGAAUGUUCGAACAAAUGCCACGUUUAUGAAAACUGACAAUUUGCUCCGUGGUUUACUGGAUUCAGAUAAAAGUGGAAAACAGGAAAAAUUUCUUCUGGGGUUCAUUGCAGUGUUUUAUUUAUUACUCUGAGCUCUGAAGAACUGCUGCAUUCUUGAUAUUGGAUUUGGUUUCUAAUUCUACUUUCUCGAUAGUUGGUUUUCCUUCUUCUUGUGAGUAUGGCGGGGAAGGUUAUGAAAGCUGUUCGUUAUGAGGCUUAUGGUGGUGGAUCAGCUGGUUUGAAGCAUGUGGAAGUUCCUGUUCCAACACCAAAGAGAGAUGAAGUUUUGCUGAAGCUGGAGGCAACAAGUCUAAAUCCGGUGGAUUGGAAAAUUCAGAAGGGCAUGCUACGACCAUUUCUACCACGCAAAUUCCCUUACAUACCAGCUACUGAUGUAGCAGGAGAGGUGGUAGAGGUUGGGUCUGGAGUCAAGGAUUUCAAAGUUGGUGACAAAGUCAUUGCUGUGCUUAGCCAUUUUAUAGGAGGUGGUCUUGCUGAGUUUGCUGUGGCCCAAGAGAGCUUGACAGUUAAGCGGCCUCCUGAAGUAUCAGCACCUGAAGGUGCAGGAUUACCUGUAGCUGGCGGCACUGCACACCAGAUGCUUGUCAGUUCUGCUGGGGUCAAGCUUGAUGGUAGUGGCAAGCCAACAAACAUUCUGAUUACUGCAGCCUCAGGUGGUGUAGGUCACUAUGCUGUUCAGCUGGCAAAGCUUGGGAAAACACAUGUCACAGCAACCUGUGGAGCUCGAAACAUCGAGUUGGUUAAGAGCCUAGGGGCAGAUGAAGUUCUUGAUUAUAAGACCACAGAUGGAGCAGCAUUAAAGAGCCCUUCUGGUCGGAAAUAUGAUGUAGUUCUCCACUGUGCAACCGGUAUUCCUUGGUCAACCUUUGAGCCAAAUUUGAGCGAUAACGCCAAGGUUAUAGAUAUCACUCCUAACCUUAGUUCCUUGUUGACGUUUGCAUUGAAGAAGUUGACUUUCUCAAAGAAGCAGUAUGUGCCAUUACUUGUAAUCCCCAAGAAAGACAAUCUGGAAUUUUUGGUUAAUUUGGUGAAGGAAGGGAAGCUCAAGACUUUACUGGACUCAAAAUAUCCACUUAGUAAGGCUGAAGAUGCUUGGGCUAAGAUCAUAGAAGGUCAUGCUACUGGGAAAAUAAUCGUGGAGCCAUAAAUUAUUAGUCCCUUGGUGGUGGGGGGAUGUAUUUCAGUAAUAUCACUAUGCAAGGGACUUGUAGAAGAUAUACUAGAAUAGUCCUUGUGCACAAUUCUUGUGUUAAAAUUCCUGUGUAUCUAAUAUACUGUUUUCUGGAAACCAUAGUGUCUUUUCUAUUUGACGGUUCCAUUUUUAGACCCUGUGGUUGUAUUAUUUUAUUCUGUGCAAUAUUUGACAUAGAGCACCUAUGUACAGUCUUCUAAUGUGUUUGUGCUUGGAACUUGAUGUUUUGUUCUAUGAUCUUGGCAGCAUUCAUAUCUCUA